AUGUCUCCUAUGCUAAAAACCAUCGCCUUCAUGGCUCGCGACGUGGCAGAUAACAACAACGUUCUGAGGGACAACGCCCUGGGCCCUUCCGCAACCAUCAGGCUCGUGGCAGCAAUCACAACAGGCGGCUGGAUUACCUUCGGCUUGAUAAUCGGUCUGGCCCUAAACACACGGGGAAAAGCUAGUAGUUUUGUCCCAGAGUGGUAUCUCGACUCCAACGGCUCGAUCUGGGCAAAACUCGCUGUGGCAGCGUGGUGGGUCUCUAUAAUCCUGUUCUGGCCUGUCAUCUGCGCGGUGUACAUGAUCUCGGCUGCUGGAAGAGGUAUUCGGAAUUUGUUUUCCGGGUGUGGCGUAAAGAGGAAGCGAGGAACGGAGAGUGAGACUUCUGAGGCUGCUCUUGUCUAA